AGCCCUCCUUGUAGAUGGGACCAGCCCCUAGUACCCUCUAGGGCCAUUUGGGCAGUAGCAGCGCCUGGUCUCAGUCUGGUACUGAAGUCAGGAGUGGCUUAAGGUGAAAUCGUGAUCCUCUGGUGAAGCUCAGCGAAGACCCUCUCGCCUUGUUUAUGACAAGGGAACUUCUAGGGGGACGGGGGCGGGAGGAAGAGUCCCUGUUACGAUGCUGAUCAUCAUUCAGCUUUUGCUGAGCAGAAAACUCUUUAGUACGCAAAGUCGAGAGUCUCUGGUAGUCUGCCUGGCCCCAGGCACCUUCCUACAACCCCAGUUUUCCAAAAGGAGAAAGCCUGGGGCAGGCGACGUCCUAGCUCGCAUUUGAACAGGGCCGCGGGCCAGCAGAGAUGCGCGAUGCCCAACUCUUUCCAAGAGCACCUCGCGUCCGGAACCGGCGCCUUCAACUCGGAGAAGUCAAGAGACCCGCAAGAAACUUGCACUACUGCACCCGCCGCCGCGCUCCGGGGGCAGGGCAGGGGCAGCUGGGCUGGCUCCCGGGGAACGCGCACCCCCGCCCCGCAGACCGGCUGUCUCCUGUAGACCCCUCGGCACCUGCGGCCUCCGAGGAAGGGUCCGCGCGCACGUCCGCACGCCCGCCCCCGCCGCGCGCCCGGAGCCGGGGGUCGCCAUGCGCCCUUCGGCACCUCCCCGGGAGGGCGUCCGCGGCGUCCCCUCUGGGGGCGCAGGAGGCCUGGUGGCGCUGCCCGGUGGCCGCGGCGCCCAGAGGCCGCACUGCCGGCGGCGGCGGCGGCGGCGCGGCUCCCCCUGCUCGGUGCAGCUGCCGCCCGGCGCUUGCGCACUGGGCCGGGCGCGCGGCGGCCCCGGGCUUUGUGUGUGUGUGUGUGUGUGUGUGUGUGUGUGUGUGUAUGUGUGUGUGUGAGUGUGUGCGUGUGAGAGUGCGAGUGUCUGUGCGCGAGUGAGUGAGCGGCGGGCGGGCGCGAGUGUGGCCGCCGCGGAGCGCGAGCAGGACCCGGCGGGCGCGCUCCCCAGCCUCCGUCUCCCCGCCGGAACCAUGUCGGGCAGGUCGGUUCGAGCCGAGACCAGGAGCCGGGCCAAAGAUGAUAUCAAGAGGGUCAUGGCGGCGAUCGAGAAAGUGCGCAAAUGGGAGAAGAAAUGGGUGACCGUUGGUGACACAUCCCUACGAAUCUACAAAUGGGUCCCUGUGACGGAGCCCAAGGUUGACGAUAAAAACAAGAAUAAGAAAAAAGGCAAGGACGAGAAGUGUGGCUCAGAGGUGACCACUCCGGAGAACAGUUCCUCCCCAGGGAUGAUGGACAUGCAUGACGACAACAGCAACCAGAGCUCCAUCGCAGAUGCCUCCCCCAUCAAACAGGAGAACAGCAGCAACUCCAGCCCCGCUCCAGAGCCCAACUCGGCUGUGCCCAGCGACGGCACCGAGGCCAAGGCAGACGAGGCCCAGGCUGAUGGGAAGGAGCGCCCAGGAGCUGAAGACACUUCUGAUGAGCAGAACUCACAGUCCUCGAUGGAACAUUCGAUGAACAGCUCAGAGAAAGUAGAUCGGCAGCCGUCUGGAGACUCGGGUCUGGCCGCAGAGUCGUCUGCAAUCUCUCAGGUACCUCGCUCGAGGUCUCAGAGGGGCAGCCACAUCGGCCGGGAGCCCAUUGGGUUGUUGGGGGAUUUGGAAGGAGUGCCACCCUCUAAAAAGAUGAAACUGGAGGCCUCUCAACAAAACUCCGAAGAGAUGUAGACGAUGCUUUAAAGCCUCCGAUCCAUGUUCCGUGGAAGGUACAUCAGCAAUUAAUUCUAGAGCAACUUUGCCCCAGCGAUUCCUCUUGGGUGCGAACAGAACUACUAACGUUUCAAGUUUACCAAGUGCAAAUCCAAGAAGACCCAGAACGGCGUCACUUCUCAGACACUGAAGAACUCUGCUGUGAAGCAAAACACUCAAACCUUUAAGGGGCUGUCCUUGGGGAGGCAGGUGGGGCUGACAGCUCAGGAGUGUCUGCACACUGUCUCGGAAGCCAGGAUUCCAUUUGUGUUGCUGCUGUAUUUUUUCCCCACUUCUCUAUGUAACGAUAUAAGCUAUUGGAGGGUGGUACCGAUCAGGAACGCUUUUCGGCGGGGCUUUUCACUGUUCAACCGAUUCCUUCCGCUUUCUUUUUUUGUGCCUUGUGCCCUUGAGGUGACCUCUGGCAUGUAUCCUGGUGGUUCUUGCAUCCCCCUCUGCAAAGUGCCCUCUUGGUUUGGUUCGGGCAGCAGCUGCCACCCUACUCACCGCUCUCCUCCCUGCCCCAGGACUUCAUCGGAGCAGGCAGGGUGGAGCGGAGGAGCUCCUUAGCCCACCUGGUUUGCAGGUGCAGGGGGACCUUAGGCAUGCCCCAAGUACCAGGCACCAGGGCCCAAGGAAAUGCAAGUGUUGGGGCGUAGUCCCCAAGGGCUCGGCUCCUUGGAUCAGGCUGGGCACUCACUGUGCUGUCCCCUCCUUGGGGCGUUCAGGACUGGGCGUCUCCAAGCCCACCAUGGCCCAGACGGACAUGCAAAGCCCUUGGAAUUUUCUGGCACUUCCUCUCUAUUGCCCCCCGCACCACCACCACCACCCCCAUUACUGCUUUCUCCCAGACCUCCGAAUACGAAAUGGCUUCUCUGGCUGACUGCAAGGCUGUCUCCUUAAGGUACUGAGUGGGCCGGGGAGGCUGGGAGCCGGCGGCAGGAUUAGCUGGUGCUGAACUUUCUCUCAUAGGACGUCGCUUGGAUUUCAAAUCCACAGUCACCUGCUGCCCUUUGCCUCCCCCGACGCCCCAGCCGGUGCCCCAGAGAGGCAGGAUCGCAGCGGUCAGAAUCCAUGUGCUUUCCUAUUCGCAGGCUGUUCUGACUCUCAGAGCCAACAGCUGGACCGUGUCUCAUCCCCAGAACAUGCCGUCUGUCCCCACCAGGGAGCGGGCCUUGAUGGCUGGGCCUCGAAGGCCACAAACAAGACGUCGAGGAAUUGGAAAGAUUUGCACACCCUCCAGAAAGGAGAGACGCAAUCUCCCCUCCCUCCCAUCCCGCACCUGCGCUGGAACAGCUUCCUCUCACUGAACGGAGAUGCCCCCUUGGACGAACUGCCUAAUUGUUUGGUUCUGAGACCUGGUUUGCUCUUAAUUAAUAUAUGAACUCCUCAGACCUUAAACCUUUUCCUAAGCUUUCUUUACUGCACUGGAGUUCUGACUCCCUUUGAGUUGUGUGUUACCGGGGGGGUGGGGGUUGCGGGUUUUGUUGUUUUUUGGGGCUAAUUGGUGCAUAUUCAGGUACCACCUUUGAUGUGUGGAUCUUUCUCCUGACCAUCACGGGAAGUGUCUGCUGGAUUCCAUUUUUUAAGAGUUUCUGAGGGUGAGGCUCUUAUUUUUUUUCAAGGGAUCCUGUCUAUUUCCUGCACUUCAAGAAGAAUCAAAAUGUUCCUGAAUUUCAAAUACCUCAUGCAAAAUGUCUCCUGAAAUAAGGGAAAAAAACACAAACUUUGAAAAUCUUAAUGUUGAAGUUAGCAAUGCCGAAAGGUUUCUGUCUUAAAAAAAAAAAAAAAAAUCCUUGUACUUAUCAAUUUUGCCCCUUAGGCAGUCAGUUUUGUUGAGAACUGUGUCCUGUACCCUGGCGCAGAACCUACCUGAUGCGGUUCCUCUCCACGCAUCUCAAGGCGGCGUUACCUCCAGAUCCCGUAGAGUUAGAGUCACAUUUUUCUUUGCAGCAAAACUCCAUUUUGGUGAGAGAUGAAUUUGGAUAUUUAUUUCCUUUUCUUUUUUGGGAAACGAGAGGCUACAACCAAGACAGCUGAAGGAGAAUGAAACACACAUCUACAGAAACAGAGAGGCGCAGGUGGCCCUGCGGUUGGCAGCAGCCUCUCUGGACAGGCAAGGGGAGUUGGCGCAGGUGAGGACUAAGACGACGUCCACCGUACUGAGGCUGUCACUAGUAUUUCUCUGAAGUGCCUGAAGGUAGGAAUGGGCCGGCGAUUGGGACCAGCUGGGCCCCACCACGGCCACGCCAGGCAAAGCGCCAGCAGCCCUGCACUCCACGCUGGCCAAGAAGGCCUUCCACGCAGAAUGACGAGACUGCAAAAAUCCGAUGUGCUUCCUUCCCUGGCGCAGUCGCUCCUCUGAGCUGCUGCCCCCCACCCACCCUGCACCCCUCGCACUCCCCCCACCACAGAAUCUAAGACCUUUCAGCUUCGAGCCAGGGGGCGGGGGAUCCCGAGCAAAAGCCUUCCGUGGACAUCAGGCCCCGUGGCCUCAAGGGCUCCCAGGGCAAACCUAAUUUCCCCCAAAACUUAAAGUCGGGGAAGCUGCGGCUAACAUUCCACAAAGUGCUGGCACUUACACCUACAACCCGGAAGGCUGUGGACCGAUUCCUCUAGGGUGGUGACCUCCCAUUAGCAAACAGUGUCAUGGUUUGGAAUGUUCAUUAAAUCGCCGAGAACCUGGUUAGAGGCAUAAAGACCUUUUUUCACCGUUACCUAAUUUUUUUCCCCUCUCAAGACUUUUUUUUUUUUUGGUGUGUUGUACAGCAGUAUAAUUUUUCACUUAUUUAUUCCAUCAGUAGAUAUGGUUUGUACAAUGUACAAUGGUUUCAUUUCAGAAAAUAAAAAUUUCAAAUCAUGAA